AUGGCACAUUACGAGGUUUUGUAUGGUCGUAAGUGUCAUACUUCGUUAUAUUGGACUGAGUUAGGUGAGCGUCGGGUUUUAGGUCUUGAAUUGAUUUCUGAGGCUAAAGAUAAGGUUAGAUUGAUUCGGUAUCGUCUGAAGGCGGUUUCUGAUAAACAGAAAUCUUAUGCGGAUCUUAAAAGAAGAGAUAUCGAGUACUCUAUGGGUGACUUCGUUUUUCUUAAGGUUUCUCUAUGGAAAAAAGUUCUGAGGUUGGGUCGUAAAGGUAAGUUGAGCCCUAAGUUUAUUCGGUCGUAUCAGAUUAUGAAGCUUGUGGGACUGGUCGCUUAUCAGUUGGAGCUACCUCUAGAGUUAGACUGUAUCGAUGAUGUGUUUCACGUCUCAAUGUUGAGGCGGUAUCAGUCUGACCCAUCUCAGGUUGUCUCUGUUAAAGAGAUUGAGGUUAGAUCGGACUUGACCUUUGAGGAGGAGUCAGUUCAGAUUUUGGAUCAUGAUAUUGAAGUUCUGAGGGAGAUGUCCAUCUCGUUGGUUAAGGUUCUGUGA